AUGGAUAUGGAUGUCCAGCUUGGUAAAGGUCUUUGGCGGAUAAGUGGCCAAGAAUGGCAUACGUUUCCGUCAGAUAAUGGUGAAAAUAGCACAGAAUGUAUUUUUGCAGAGAGUGCAGUGUUCAAGAAAUUGGCGUCUGCUGGUUUGGUAGUAAACCCAGACAAAUGUAAAUUUGGUUGCUCUCGGGUAACUUAUUUGGGUUACGUUCUGGAUAAGGAUGGUUUACGGCCUGAUUCCGAAAAAGUGGCACCGGUCUUGGAGUACCCCGCACCCCUGAAUAUUAAACAGCUGCGGCGUUUUCUUGGAAUGGCUUUCCAGACUUUGAAGAAAAAGUUAGUUUCGGCCCCGGUUUUGGCUCGUCUAGAUUUCACAAAGCCGUUCACCGACCAAUGUGACGCAAGUGACUCAGCGAUUAGAGCGGUUCUGACUCAGGAGUCUGAGGACGGCGAACACCCGAUAGUGUACGCAAGCAAGGCCGUGAUAGGAGCUGAACGGAAUUAUAGUGUCACUGAGCGUGAGUGCCUGGCACUUUUAUGGGCCAUCAAAAAGUUUAGGCCAUAUCUGAAAGGAUAUAGGUUUAAGGCCAUAACGGAUCAUAGUGCACAGAGAUGGCUCAGGUAUCUUAAGGAUCCAUCUGGUCGUUUAGUUCGUUGGGCACUCGAGAUGCAACAGUGUGACUUUGACAUUGUGCAUCGUCGGGGUGUGAAUCAUCACGUACCAGACGCUUUGUCGCAUGGUUGGUGGAAAACCAAUCGGCAUGGGAACGAUCCCUUGUUGCUACCAGUCACGGAUAAAGAACAAGGUUGGAAACUAGUUAUCCUAGAGGAGCAUCGGAAUCGUAUACUCAAGGAUGCCAAUUUUGAAAUUGCAGCAAGUCAUUUGGGGGCAGAGAAGACUCAUGCCAGGGUAGCGGCCGAAUAUUAUUGGCCUGGCAUUUGGCAUGAUGUCCAGAGGUUUGUUCGUGAAUAUCCUGAUUGUCAGAUGUUUAAGGUCUCACAAGAGGGACCUCAAGGGUUAAUGGGUCAAAGGAUUGUGGAGCAACCACGGGUUGUGGUCGCAGCGGACUGUAUGGAGUUUCCGUCCAGUAAAAAUCAGUGUAAACAUUUGGUUGUUUUUCAGGAUUUCUUUUCACGCUGGAUUGAAUUGAAACCAAUUAGGUCCGCUGAUGGUAAGUCCAUAGCCAAGGCGUUUGAGGAGCAUUUUCUGUUAACAGAUAACGGGAAAAAAUUUGAUAACCAGCACCUUAAAUCUACCUUGGAGGACUAUGGCGUCAAACAUUUGACAACGCCGCUACACCACCCCCAGGCAAACCUAGUGGAACGAAGUAACCGGACCCUAAAGACCAUGAUUGCGACCUUUGUGAAACGAAGACCACCGGAAUUGAGACAAGCAUGUCCAUGA